CCUGGUCCAGAGUCUAUCAUGGGUCCCUGUGUCGGCCUCCCAUUGCUGCUGGUCUCCAUCGCCACAUCCUGCCAUGUGACCACUUUCAGGUCUCAUCACACUGCUGGUGUGUAGAAUUUUGUUGACAUGAGGGUUGCUGGCAGAUUUUACGGGCCUACCUAUAGCCUGCUGCCAGGCCCCUAAUCUGCCCAUAGGGCCCCCUAUAUCACCGCCUUCCUCAUGCUGCUGCAAGUUCCAGAUCUGUCAUGGGUCCCUGUACGGCCUCCCUUUGUGCUGUCUCCAUCGCCCGCCACACUCUGCCAUGUGCCACUUUCAGGUCUCCUCACACUGCUGGUGUGUUCCAUUUUUUGUCAUAGGGUGCUGGCAGAUUACGGGCCUCCCAUAGCUGCUGCCAGGCCCCUAAUCUGCCAUGGGCCCCCCUAUACCGCCUCCUCAUGCUGCUGCCAAGUCCAGAGUCUCUCAUGGGUCCCUGUACGGCCUCCCAUUGCUGCUGUCUCCAUCGCCACACUCUGCCAUGUGCCACUUUCAGGUCUCACACACUGCUGGUGUGUAGAAUUUUUUUGAC